AUGGAGAUGGUACACUUUUCUAUUCCAAAUAAAAAUUCAUCUUCUACUCUUCCUAAUGAAUUAGUCAACAGUCAACUUUAUAGUGCAAAUCUUGCACCGACUUCAUUAUCCCAACGGACAUGGACAACAUGGAAUUAUGCUGCAUUAUGGAUUUCAAUGUGUCAUUGUUUACCAACUUAUGCUUUAUGUGGAAGUUUAAUUACAUCUGGUAUGAAUUGGUUUCAAGCAUUAAUUACAAUUGGUAUUGGAAAUUUAAUUAUACUUAUUCCAAUUUUACUUAUGGCUCAACCAGGAACAAAAUAUGGAAUUCCAUUUCCUGUUUUAGCUCGAUCAGCAUUUGGUACAUGGGGUGCUAAUAUACCAGCUAUCCUUCGAGGACUUGUUGCGUGUGGAUGGCUUGGUAUCAAUGUAUUUUUAGGUGGUGAAGCUCUUAAAACAUUUGUUAUAGCUGUUUGGCCUGAUUAUGAACAUCUUGGACAUAAUUGGACAUUUCUUAGUUUAUCUAUUUCAAGUUGGUUAACAUUUGGUUUAUGUUUAUCAAUACAUAUUAUAAUUAUCUGUUAUGGUAUGGAAGCUGUUAAGAAAUUCGCAAAUUGGGCAGCACCAAUUGUACUUAUUAUGACUACUGUUCUUCUUGUUUGGUUGGUUGUAAAAGCUAAAGGUUUAGGUUCUAUGUUAUAUAAACCUUCAAAAUUUCAAACAUUUCAUGAAUUUUGGAUGAUAUUUAUACCUUCAUUGACAAGUACAAUUGGUUUUUGGUCAACUCUUGCAUUAAAUAUUCCAGAUUUUACACGAUUUAGUCGAAGUCAACAUGAUCAAAUGCUUGGUCAAUCACUUGGAUUACCUUUGACUAUGCUCAUAUUUAGUACUAUGGCUGUUAUUAUAACAAGUACAGCACAAGAUGUACUUAAGGAUGUAACAGGAAAUUUAUGGGAUCCUGUUUAUUUACUUUCAGUUAUAACUUCUCCUUCUCAUGCUUUUUUUUCAACACCAAUACGUAUAAUCAUAGCUAUUAUUUCAUUAUUAGGUGUAUUAAUAGCAACUGUUUCAGUAAAUAUAGCAGCAAAUAUUGUUUCACCAGCAAAUGAUUUUGCUAAUUUAUCACCACGAUAUAUAUCAUUUAAAACUGGUGGUUUAAUAACUUGUAUUUUAUCUGUUAUUAUUAUGCCUUGGAAAUUAUUAUCAAGUUCAGAAGAAUAUAUUUUUACAUGGUUAAUUGGUUAUUCAGCGUUAUUAGGUCCUAUUACUGGUAUAAUUAUUGGAGAUUAUUAUUUAUUACGAAGACAAAAAUUAGAAAUUUCUCAAUUAUAUUAUGAUACUUAUCCAUUAUAUACAAAUCGAGCUAUGAAUUGGAUUUCUAUAUUAGCACUUGUAAUUGGAAUUGCACCAAAUAUGUCAGGAUUUUUAAGAAGUUUACAAUUGAAUCAAAAUCGAGAAAAAAAUUUUUUUGAUCAUAUCUAUAUUUAUGCUUGGUUUGUUGGAUUAUUUUUAGCUGGAUUUGUUUAUGUUAUAACUAUGUUAAUACAUAGACAAGCCAUAAAAAUUCCAAAUACUGCUCUUCUUGAUGUUUUUGGACGACCAAUUGCAAUAAAUAGUCAAGAUUUUCAUCGAUUAUCUUAUUCAGGUCAUUCUGAUAGAAAUUUAACAAAUAGUCAUAAGGAAUUGAACAGCAAAGGUUUGAAUCUAUCUGGUCCUAAUAUUAAACCAAAUAAUGUUCGUCGAUUAACUGUCAUCGGAGAAACUCCUCUUCAUAUUGCUAUUUUUUAUAAUGAUAUUAGUUCAGUUAAACUUUUAAUUAAACAUGGUUUUGAUGUUAAUCAACGUGUUAUUGGAGAUUUUUAUCUUCCUGGACAAAAUCGAAAUAAACAAGAAACAAAAACAGGUCGACAAAAUGCAACUAGUCGAUUUUUUCAUCAAAGAGAAACAACAACAAAACAAAUUAGUCUCAAAAAUGCAAAUCCUGAAACUAAUGCUUAUUAUGGUGAAUAUCCAUUAGCAUUUGCUGCUGCAUUUGGUUAUACAGAAAUUUAUGAUUAUUUAAUUGAUAAUGGUGCUGAUCCAAAUAUGCAAGAUACAUAUGGAAAUACGGUUUUACAUAUGCUUGUCAUUCGAGAUCGAUCAGAAAUGUUUAAUCAUGCUAUUCGACAUCCAGUAAAAAAAGCACUUACAGAUAUUCGUAAUAAUGAAGGAUUAACAUCAUUAACAUUAGCUGCUAAACUUGGUCGAAAAGAACUUUUUCUUCAAUGUUUGGAAUUAUCUCAUGUGGAAAUUUGGCGUUAUUCAAAUAUAAAAUGUUGUACAUAUCCACUACGUGGUAUUGAUACAAUAGCAGACGGUGGACGUAUAGAUUGGAAUUCUUCAUUAAUGUCAAUCGUUAGUGGUAAAACUGAAAAUCAUUUAGAUAUGCUUGAUAAUAUGCUUAUUGAACGUUUAUUAAAUGAUAAAUGGUCAACAUUUGCUCGAGUUCAUUUUGUUCGACAAUUAAUAUUACUUUGUACACAUUUAUUUUUUUUAAGUACAGCAAUAUUUUUACGUAAUCCAAAAGAUGAUCAAUCAUUAGUUAACAGAAUUUUUUGUCAUAUUGCUGAAGUAUGUGUAUUAGGUGGUUGUAUUAUCAGUAUAUUUGCAUUAUUAGCAAAAGAAAUUUAUUUACAAGGUUUUAAUUCUUAUUUACAAAAUUUAAAAAGUUAUCCAGAAAAAUUACUUUAUCAAUGUUCAUGUCUUCUUAUUGUUUUAGCUGUACCAUUUCGUAUACUUUAUUUAGCAACAAAAAAUAUUACAUUUGGUUAUGUUGAAGAUGGCCUUGUAUCACUUGCUGUGCCUGGAACAUUUUUAUAUUUUCUUUUUUUUGGAAGAAUUUAUGCCUUAACUGGUGCAUUUAUUGUUAUGAUAUUUGAAAUGAUUACAGGAGAUAUUGCAACAUUUGGUGUUAUUUAUGUUAUUGUUAUAACAGCUUUUGGUCAAGUUUUCUAUCUACUCUUUCGAGAUACAACUGAAGGUGGUUAUUGUGAACGUUUUGCACCUAAUGAUACAUGUGGAGUUGAUAAUAUGUGUUCAUUUAAAGAUUUUGAAGCUUGGAUGACAAUGGUCCAUUUUACAAUGGGAGAAUUUGAUUUUUCUCGUUUUGAUUUAACACAUUAUUCAUAUUUAGUUAAAAGUUUAUUUAUUGUUUUUAUGAUUUUAACACCUAUACUUUUAUUAAAUAUGUUAAUUGCUUCCAUGGGUAAUACAUAUCAACGUAUAAUUACAAUUAGUGAAAAAGAACGUAUUCGACAGUGGGCUCAACUUGUCUUAACUAUUGAAAGAUCUUGUUCGGCAAAACAACGAUUUGAUUAUCAAGGUGUAUAUUCUAUUGGUGCUGAUGAUAAACGAGAUAUAAUGGUUAUUAAACGUGUUACAAAAAGUAAAGCAGCUCAACGAAAAGGAGCAAUUAGUAAUUGGAAAAGAGUAGGAAAACUUGUUCUAUAUUUAUUAAAAGAACAAGGAACAACAGCUGAAUAUGUUCGUCUUCGUCGUGUAUCUCAUCAAUCUGUUGUUCUUAAACCUAAAGCACUAUUUGAUCAUAUGCUUGAAACUCUUGCAUGGGAACGUGAUAUUGAUUUAUCAGGACCAAAAGCUUUAUCAGCAUCAAAUCAAAAUCUUAAUUUAACUUCAACACAAAAUACAGCUGAUUUACAUUCAACAGGUUCUCGUCCAUCAUCACCACCGCCACCACAAUUUGUAACUAAUGAAUAUCCAACACCAUCAUCAAUUCCACAACGAUUAACUGGUAAUCGUAAACCAAUUUGUCGUUCUGAAUUAUCUGAACUUCGUUCUCGACCAUCAUUUAUUGAUUAUGAAGAUUUAGAAAUAUUUCAUCAUAAACGACCAUUAACAAGAGCACAACAGCCAAUACGAAGAGUUUCAAUGAUGCCUGUUGAUGCCGAUGGUUAUAAAGAUUUACUUUUAGAUUUUGAUAACAAACGAAAAAAAUCAAAUCAAUUCAUAUCUCGUGGUACAUCCAAUACAAGUAUUAAAUCAAAAAUAAGUGAAACAACACUUUGCUAG